AUGCCGGGUGGGGAUGAGACCCUGGAGCUUCAGGGGGUGGAUGUGGCACACACGAGGGUGGGUGGGCUCUGCAGGGGCAGAGGCCUCACAGCGGUGAGGCAGGUGUCAGGACCUGUUCCCGAGCUGGUUCUGGGAGGGGAUCGGGUGGCGGGGAUCGCGGUCCCGGGCGGAUCGCGGUCCCUGGAAGGCGGAGCCCGGCGGCACAGGCACCUCAUCGGCAUCGCUUUCUCUGCAGGGGCGGCCGCCUCCAGCCCCCCUUCCCCGGCCCGCAGCCCCCGCCCCGGCCCUGAUCCCGCAGCCCUGAUCCCGCAGCCGUGCCCCUGCCGCCCCGGCCCCCGCGCUGCCGGGGGGGCUGCUCCCGGGGAAGGGCCCCCCAGCCCCGCCGCUUCCCGGGGGCUCCGGCUCCUGCCGGGGGUCCCCGGCGCCGGGACGCGGCUUUCCCGGCUUGGCCAUGGGGGGGGACAUGUGGGGGGGCCCCAGAGCGAACCCCCCCGGGCAGGGGGCCUGGGGGCCGGGUUCCCGAGCCCGGCUGUGCUAACGAGGCGAUGGCCCGCAGCUGGUGGGGGGCUGAGCCCCCCGCCCCCAGCCCAGCUGUGCCCUAUCGGGGGCGGGGGCAGGACCCCCCUGGGGCUGCCGGGAGCUCCUGCCGGAGAUUUAGGAGCCAGGGCAGGGGCUGCAGCUUCUGGCGGAGGCUCUGGAGCUGCUGCGCGUCCCCGGGCGCUCGGAGGUACCUGCUGGUGCUGCUGUGGGGCUGGGGCAGGGGACGGGCUGGGGCGGGGGGGGAAGGAAAAGGUUCUGGGACGGAGCCUGGUUGUGUUGUCUGUGUUUUCUCUGCUGUUUUCGGGAGGCCCAGAGCGUUUGCUGCCGAGUCUGCCCCGGGAAGCGAGCGCAGCGUCUCCUCCCCGGCCGUGGCUCCUGCGGGAGGGACAAGGCUGUACCCAGCUGCUGGGCAGGCUGCAGCUGACCCUGUCCUUCCUUGCAGGACUGGCCAGUGUCACCCUCCACAUCCACCCAUCCCAGCCUGAGGCUCUGGAGAAGCCAUGGCUGGAGCAGGUGUCUCUGCUGGAGAGGAGAAGGUGCAGCAACCUCUGGAGAAGUGUACAGGAGUCUCUCUGGUGGAAGAUGGGACCGGGCUUUUACAGAAGGAAGUGGAUUGGCUGCUGUCAUGGAACUGUUUAGCUGUGCCUCCAAGAUCUCUCAGUGGGGAAUAAAAGGAAAGUGGGGGAAAGAAAAACCCAAGGAGGCCCUUUUCUCACCAAG